GCACGCGGCAUUUUAUACUAGUGAAUAACACAGUAAUUUAGGGACAUACUAAUUUCAAAAAAUAAAAGACUGAGAUGCUAGUAGGUGUCCAGGUGCGACCAAUCACAGUCCUGACGUCGUCGACCAUCGACCGGCUCACUAUCGGCGCCAGCGAUGUGUGCGUGCGAUAAUUGUUCAUGUAGUUCAAUAGGAAGCGCGCAGUGAGUGUGUGAGUUUUAUCAGCGGCUGACGGACGCUGCCCGUGCGCAGAUUGCUGGCUCGUGUAGGUGUUCCCGUCCGUUCCACCUCAUUGAUAGCUGAUAGUAAUAUUGCUGCCCUCAGAGCGCUCAUUGUGUUGUCAAUAUAGAGUUCAAGAAACGCUACUAAUUCAAGUAAAUUCAGUUAAAAAGCAUCGCUUAUCAAUAAAAAUAUAAAAGUGGGUCCCCUGGCGGGUAGUGGGCCUGAGGUUAAGCCUGAGGAGGAGGAGGAGCGGGGCGGGUCCCCGCUGGGCCCCGGCGGGCCGUUUAGCUGCAGCCAGUGCCGCGGCGCGUACCCCACGAGGGACCAGCUCGAGAAGCACGAGACGCUGCACUCGCCGAGCACUCAGACCUGCAAGAUCUGCCACAAGAGUUUCGCUAACGUGUAUCGGCUCCAACGGCACAUGCUGAGUCACGACGAAAGCGCCAAUCUACGGAAGUUCAAGUGCAAUGACUGUGACAAGGCCUUUAAGUUCAAGCAUCAUCUCAAAGAACACUUGAGGAUCCACAGCGGAGAGAAACCUUUCGAAUGCGCCAAUUGCGGAAAAAAGUUUUCUCAUUCCGGCUCUUACUCUUCCCACAUGACGUCUAAGAAAUGCCUAGUCAUGAAUUUAAAAAUGGGAAGAAUUAAACCGAAUAACCCCGCACUGAAUCCUGACCGAAGCCCGUCGAGAAAACGUGCGAAUGCGAUGGUCGCGUCUCAAUUAAAACAUAACAUGGUACCAAACGGGUUCUUGCCAAUAUUGCCAAAGUACAACGAAGCAUUUUUUGCAUCGAUGUCUUCACAGGAUCCAAAUUAUCACAGACCGCCUCUAGCUCAACCAGGAUUAAAUCCCUUCUACAUGCCACCCGGAAUACCGAUGAGCCCCGAGUCAGGAAUCACUCCCUACAGUUUUCCUGCGUCUUUAAGCCAAUUGUUCCAACAACUAGCUACGCAGCAGUAUCAACAACGAAAAAUAGAGAGUCCUGAUCCAAAGCACAGGAGUCACUCUGCACAGAACGUAGAAGAUCUCAUAGAAGAAAUUCCCGAAGAAGAUGAUAAACAUUCUGAAGGCAGCGCAGAACUUGUUAUGGAUAUUGAAGAAGAUGAAGCUGUUGCUGUAAAAAAGGAACACGAAAAUGAAGAUCAUGAUCUAAGAAUACCAUUUCGCAAGUAUGACUCGGUCCCAUCAAAUAACAACGGCCCUUCAAUUGACAAUAAUAAUGGAUAUAAUUUAAUAUUAGAUUCGGUUAAUAAAAAUUAUUUUAGAGCUAAUAUGGAAACAUUAUCACCUAUUUCUGGCAAUGUUUGUCCAAGCAUAGACUCACCCCCGACACGACACAUUGUCGUCAAAAAUGAACCUAACGACAUUCAGAAUUGUAGUAAAUGUAACUUGACAUUUGAAAACAAGAAUGAUUUAAUAGAGCAUGAGAAGUUACUGUGUGGAAACGUUUUUCGAAAACAUGAGGGGUUGGCUGCGCAAGUUGCCGAAACCGUAGCGUUAAAUAGGUUAGAAGCAGAAAUUAGAACAUCGAUGCAGAGUGGUAUUAGCGCUAGCGAAGACGAAGAGUUUGGUAAGGACGACCGCGAUGAUAAGUCUGUUCAUGAUAAUGACAGGAAAAUAAGAGUAAGGACGGCAUUAAAUGAGGAACAACAGAUAAUUCUGAGAGCACACUAUGCGUUUAAUAAGCGUCCAAACAGAGAUCAGUGUAAGAAAAUUGCUCACAAAAUAGGUCUGGACAAUAGAGUUGUGCAAGUAUGGUUUCAAAAUUUUCGAGCGAGAGAAAGGCGAAUGAGUUUAACAGCCACUCCUUCAGAUCAACCCCUUGAUUUGUCAACCAGAAAAUCAAAUAUAUCCGUCACUUCUAGUCCGUCACCGUCCCCUCCGUGUAGUAUUUCGGUAACACAUUCGGACUCCGAAGAAGCGGUUAAUUUGAGCCAAAAAUCUUCCAGGAGUACAACACCAUACCGCACCGCUUACGUUAACCCUUACCCACAUUCCAAUUGCUCAUCCUCCUCUCACACCGACUUCAGAUUGUCACCGUCUCCGGGAGAAACUAUUACUGCCCAAAAACGAUCUUUGCAAAAAGUGGCAGUAAAUCCUUUAAUACCAAUGGAUAAACUUCUCCAGUACAACGAUAUCGCUAAUGGCCGACCGUCCAUGUUGAACAUGCAUAUAAUGACAGACCAUCGACAGAGUGCAAGCCCCUCCUACGAACGUUCCACUUGGACUGAAGAGAUCCAAGCCCAUCAUGACUUUGAUGAUGAAUCCAAUAUACUUAAGAAAAGCAAGUUAAAGGGAAAUGAUAUCAAAGAAGGAGAGGGACAGUUUGUCUGUGAUCAGUGUGACAAGACCUUUGUCAAGCAAAGUUCAUUAGCUCGACACAAAUAUGAACACUCAGGUCAGCGGCCAUAUAAAUGCGCCGAGUGCCCGAAAGCAUUCAAGCACAAGCACCAUUUGACGGAGCACAAGAGGCUGCACACCGGGGAGAAGCCGUUUCAGUGCUGCAAGUGCCUCAAAAAGUUCUCCCACUCCGGCUCCUACAGUCAGCACAUGAACCAUCGGUUCGCCAUUUGCAAGCCAUAUCGAGACUAAUCAAAACAUGCGUUUAGAGAUUCGAGCUAGAGCCUCGAUAAGAUGCCGGCGGCUUUAUAUCAUACACAUUCCGUGCAUGAAUCCAUCAAAGAUGAUCACACUUAACGGUGUCAACACAUGAGGUGCCAAAGGACAAACCAAAGAUAAUGUAAACAAGUGCCAUAGAUUUAGAAUCAAAGUUGACUUACCAGAAUAGUUCUACCUAUUAUAUUUUAGUUUGCAGAUAUAUUAAUUAGGUGAUAAUAUUGUAAAUACGUAUUUGCUCAAUGCCAUAUGGUUUUUUUUUAAACGUAACGAACGUGCCAAAAUCGUGCCAGAAUACCGAAUCGAGUAUCGAAUACUGAUUUUAAACUGGUACCUUCAUCAUAAUACUCCGACUUGGUAAAUGUAAAUGUUUAGUAUUCGACGUGUAAGAUAUUUUGUUGUAUAUGAUAUCUUUUUACUUAAUUACAGACAAACUAACAGUGCUCGAUGUCCAUUUGGAAUAGUCAACGUAAAAUUAUUUGUAAAUUAUUAUUAAUAUUGCUUUAAGUGAAUAUGAACGUCUCGGUAGUUUUAAAUUAGCUAAGCCUAAAGCAUUCCAGCAGAGAAACUUGGAUGGGAUCCCUACCGUGUUUCUGUUCCUUCCUUUUCAUAAAUAUGCUAGGACUAUGACAAAAUAGAUUAAAACAAAUGUUUGUAGCUGAAGGCUUUCAUGUAAAUAGUGUUCUGCUUAACCUAUACCUUCACUUAGCUAGAAGUGUGACGUAACAUAGCGCACGAAUACAAUGAAUGUUAUGACAAUAAAUAAUGAACAACCAUUUAUUGGAUGCAAUAAGUAAUAAAUGCUUAAUAGUUAAGGUCUGCUUAAACCACUAUGGGUAGGAAAUCUAUGUAUAAAUCGUUGAUAGCUUAAUUUUAGGUACAAGAAUAAUAAGGUAUUUAUUAUGUUGAAUGAAUAUGAAACAUUUUUUUUCGAAAAAUACUUUUCACAACCACAAAUUGCAGAAGGUACUUUCAAAAUUUCUAAUCUUGAUUUGGUUUUAAAAUGUCCGUUACCCAAACAAUAACACAAAGUUCCUAAGCUUAUUUUAGGAUAAUGACUAGAUUAUAAGGAGUAAUUACUUAUGUAAGUCAACUUCGCAUUGUGAAAGGUUUCCAUGCAACGAAUUAUUGUAAUUUUUACAAGCGCUAUAACUUGUAUUUUAUCAUUAAAAUAAAGAUUUUCAGCCAUCUGUAACAUUCAACAGCGAUACCGAAUUCAAAACUAAGAUUUAGAAUCUCGCAACUAGCGUGUCGCUGAUGUCACAAUCUUAUCAGUGCUGGGAGUAUUGAGAGUUACAGAGUACCCGUUCAGUAAUAAAGAACUCGAUUCGCCACCGCAGCCGAUCCCGCAAGAAAAAAACACCUAAUAGGCGUGACUGAAUAUUGCAUUUUAAAUUACGUAGAUAUUAUACAUUGUUCUUAUUUAAUAAUAUAUUAACUAUUAUUUGAUUAUUUAUCGUGAUAAUUAUCGUAACGCCUCACAGCAAACGUUUUAGAAUAGAUGGUAGAUAUACUUAUUUGAGGUUAUGUGUAUAAUGCUAUGCGAAACCGAUAUGGUGGGCUAGAGAAACCAAAGAUUAAUUAACUCGAAUAAGGCGCGGGCAUCUGUACAUAAAACCGUCGUCGUUAGAUGUAGAUUAGCAAACGACUAAUAGGUACCUUUAAUAACUAGACGUUAAUUAAGAGAAUAUUUUUAUUUUUAUUGUGAAACAUUCGUGCAUUAUGUAUAAGUAAAAGUUAAUAUGUACCUAUAUUCGUUGAAAUAUAAUAUUGCAGAUGAGUACUUAUUUCUUUUAUAUAGAAUAAGAAAUAAUGUUAUAACGGGAAUUCCUGUAUCGUAUAUGCCUAUUGUGUUUGUUGAGAAGGGCAUCGCGGAGCACCUGUUACACCGAGCUAUGUCGAAAUUGUUAAACUUACCCAUAGAUUAACAAGUGUUAAAAUAUUGCUGAUAUAAAUUAUAGUGUAAAAUUCAUUUUACUUGAUAUUAUUACAAUGUAUAUUGAAUUUAUGAAUAUUAAAAAUAUAAUGAUAUAUUAAUAUAUAUUGACGAUUCA